AUGAACCACUGUGCAAGUUCAGGAAGGUCCGGUGUCUUACGCCGUGCCCAAAGCUCCCCCCACGGAGUUGGCUUUGCUCAUGAAGUCGUCGUCCAGGAUGUUGUUGGGAUCGUCGUAGUCAAAGUCUUCAUCCAGAGCGGCGACGAUGUCGGGGUCCAUGUCCAGCCGGGGUCCUGCGGGAAACCAGGCGAAAAGAACGUGACGCAAAUGGGAGCUGCCUUGUUCAGGAGUCCCUCCUCUUCCUCGAACUCGGAGGCGAACACGGACGAGGGCAGGUGGAUCCCAGCGGCCUGCUCGUCCAAACAAAGAGAGGCGUCAGACCCGGGCCACCGUCACUCUGUUUUGGGACGAGGAGCCAGAAACGACAAGCUCACAGGGGGCGGACGCCUCCUUCAGGUGCUGCAGGUAGUUGUAAUCGUCGUCGAAGAAAACCCCAAACUUCCUCUGCUCAUCGAGCCUCGCCUCGGCUUCCACCUGGCCAUUAGGAACAACAGCAUUAGCAAAAAUUUUGGGGGAUAUUUUCAGUUGCUGUGGCGACGGAGUAAAUGCGCGGCAGAGAAUCUACACCUUUACGGCGGGAAGCAGGACAUGCUGCGGUGCUUUCUCAUCUGCGGCCAGCGGGUCCUUCUGACUUCUGUGGACGACUCCCAUUAUGGAGAGAUGCCGACUGAGCUGUACAAAGAAUACGACUUGACACAAGGAAGCCAGGAAGUCUCCUGCUUCUUGCUGUCCACUAUCGGCCUCGCGGUCGCUGUUAUUGCUGUCAUCCGAGUAAUUGUCAUGAUCGCUGGAGUUGUAGCUAUCGUCCGAGUAGUGGUAAUCCUGCUCCCGGUAAUGACCGUCGGAAUCUUCGCCCUCUUGGAAAUGUCUCAAAUCACUGCUGACAUUCACCUGAGCCACCUGCUCCAACAGCAGUGGCCGUCCUUUCACUCUCUCCUUCAUCUCUUUGAUUUCCUGCUGGUAUUCCUUCCUCCGCUGAAUGUCCUGUUUCCUGUAGAGACCGACCAGUUAUGGGCUUCAGUCAAAUGA